AUGACUUUGCCACAGGAUUCCUUUCAGAAUUGCACCAGGAAUCCACUCACCCUCCUAGAACUGGCGGGAAAGAGCCUGCUGCGGGACAAGGACCUGGCGAUCGCAGCUCUGGAGACUCUGCCUGCGGAACUCUUCCCUCCACUGUUCAUGGAGGCCUACACUCGUGGGUGCAAUGAGACACUGAAGGCGAUGGUGCAGGCCUGGCCCUUUGCCCGCCUCCCUCUGGGGGGCCUGGGACCGAUACCUAACCAGAAGGUCUUAAAAGCUGUGCUUGGAGGGCUUGACCUCCUGCUUGCCCAGAAGGUUCGUCCCAGGCGGUGGAGGCUGCGGGUGCUGGACCUACGGAAUGCCAGUCAGAACUUCUGGGGCAUGUGGUCUGCAGCCACGGCCCAUGAGUGUCUGCGGGUGAGACCAGUGACUGAGGACGGCUGCAGGAUGGAGGAGCCCUCGUGUGCGUUGACAGUCCGCAUAGACCUUCGUCUCAGAAAGAAGACCCUGGACCAAGUCUUUACUUACCUCCUAAUGUGGACUUCGGAGAGAAGAUCAUCAGUCCACCUGUGCUGUAAGACGCUGAAGAUAUUCUUCAUGACCCUGCGACAUGUUAAGAAGAUCCUGAAUAAACUGCAGCCGGGCUGCAUCCUGAGGUUGGAGGUGGAGAACAUGAAGCUGUCCACCCUGUGCAUGUUUGCUCCAUACCUGGGCCAGAUGACUCAUCUGCAGACCCUCGUUCACCCUUUUAUCAGAGUGCCCGUCUUCGAGGAGGAGAAGCAGCAUGUUGCCGAGUUCACCUCCCAGCUCCUCCAGCUGCAUCACCUGCGGAAGCUCCACAUGGACUCUCCGGCCUUCCUCGAGGGCUGCCUGGACAGGAUGCUCAG